AUGCUUAAGAGACCAAUUCAUAGUCUAAUCAGACGAAUGUCUACGAUGCCAUUUACCGUUCCUGAUACUCCCACUGCUAGAGUCAUUGCAGCUAAGAUCACAUCAAAUCUAAAACCAGAACAUCUUGAAAUUUUCAAUGAUUCCUCUAAACAUGCACACCAUGCUGCUAUGAGAGGUUCCUCGAAUAUCACAGAAUCGCAUUUUCGCUUGGUAAUUGUAUCUGAUAUAUUUGAGGGCAAAAAUGCUCCCUCUAGGCAUAGAAUGGUGUACGACCUGUUGAAGGAAGAGCUCAGUGCUCCUAAUGGUGUCCAUGCGUUGCAACUACAAACUAAAACCCCUUCUGAGUUCAGCAAACUGCACCAAUAA